UCUGUCUGGUGCCCAAACCCUACCAGCCUGGCAUUUAGAGCUGUCUUGUACUAAGGUUAAUACCACUGGAAGAACGCCUUGAUUGUAGCCAUGGGUACAAACUCACUUGACCUCGUUGUGUAGAGAGCUUUCAGGCAUUACUGAAGGUAUUGGAGGUAGGAUGGAGGCUUUAUUAGGAAUAAAAAAAAAACAUAAAAACAAUUACCGAUGCUAUAAAUAAUGUUACACACGGUUGGCUGGGUAAACGCUGUUUGCUUCAUGCGACACUGGUCUCUUGAACGCAGCUGCAUUGAGAGGACGGAUCUCCGUUCUCCCAGGAACAAUUGCAAGUUAGACGGGGCCUGUAUUGUAAUAAAACACCCAUGGAGCUAAGCGAACGCGCUGUUCCUAAUUAAACACAGCCCUGCUUUGUUUAAACAACACUCUAAAUGUACAGUCAACUGAAUUAUUCCAGUUUGCAUUUGGUCACCUGAUGUCCUGUUAGAGCAGCUGCAGAGCUACAAACAUUUUUGAGGAAAUUGCUGACUGAAUUGCAAUUGCUGGGAAUUGCACACACAGGAAUAAAAUAUGAUUCUAUAUAUAUAUAUAUGCCUUUAAGACCAAGAACUUGUGUGGGUGGGGCAUCUGUUAUGGGGGCGUGGUUUAUAGCAAGGUAUAAUUGACAGACCAAAACAGUGGAAGAGCCCUUAGACAAGUGACUUGAGAUCUGAGUCGCACACUUUAGUGUAGUGCGGUUAAAUACAGUGUGCUCCUGGAAUUAUAUUCAAGCAGCAUCUUGGACUGUAUUUACAUUUCAACAAUAACCACCCUAUGUUGGCUAAAACACACAAAUACAAUAGAUAGUUCUUGUAAUUAAGGCUCUCUGAUCUGUAUUAUUAACCCUAGGCUGGGAGCCAGCUGCAGUAAAAACAUGAUAAGCAGUAUUAACAAUGAGGAUCAGAGACUGGAAGAGUGCCUGGGAGAGCAGCUCUGUGCAUCUCAGAGUCAGCACUCACUUCCUGUUAGGCAGAUCUCUGGUCCCAGUCUAUAACCAGUAAGCCUGUUUAAUGAUCCUGUUUAGGGCAAUGUGUGCUGCAACAGGGGGCUGCUGAAAUCUAUGAUCUAAUUGAUAGCAGCUUGUUUGUUCCAGAGUUUGCAAUUCUGUGCAUUGUAUCUAAAGGUAGACCUUGCUACAACUCUGCUGCCAUUGGUUUCUAUACAACCCUGGCGAAUGAACCCCUUUCCCAAUUGAAAUCAGAGUGUCAUAAUCAGAGUGCACAGAACCCAAGUGUUCACAUCUAUUGAGUCUGUUUCACGGCUACUUGCAGCAGGCAUGGAUGUCAAAACCCAACACAAUCGGGUAUUUGUAAAUCACAACGUCCUUCUGGCAAUUUGUAAACAAAGAAGCUGAUCGGAAAUGGGUGAAAACUGAAAGCCGCACUGAGCGAUGAGAUCAGCCUCUGAGCUGGAUUUCAUAAAGACAGAAGCCUGAGUAUUAACUGGACUAGAACAAUCUCUCCAUUCAUACUGCAUCUCUCCCAGCCCCUCCUACACCACACUGCCUGGAACUAAGUUACAGCAUUAUAGUAACAAUUCAAGUAAGAGGAGGCCACCCAGAAAGAUAUGCAAGAAACAGCACAUGUGCAGGCUGUACCUGACUCUGUGUGCCACUACUAUACUCUACACAAUAUAGACAAGUAUACACAAUAAAUGGCUUGAAUCCCUCAACACUAGAUAUGUUCUGACGCAGGGAGUAGCAGAAGCAUAGCUUUUAAACUGAAGGUGACAGUGACAAAAAAGGAAAAAUUGUACACUUGUAAAGCUUAAACCUACUUAGAUGGGAAUGUAAACAAACUGGUAAGCUAACUGUCCGGUUUCUACAGUAUAAUUAAGGGUAUAAACACACUGUGCCACCUGUAUAUUUCUUUGCUUUGAACAUGACAUCAUAAAGCGUGUUCGUCUUCCACAGCACAGUGGCCCAUCACGAACAUUCAGGGGGGUGUUUUUCGGUAAGCACCCGUGGAAUUCAGUUACCAUGACGGAGAGGUAAAGGAACUCUGCACACCUGAACGAAAUAUAGGUUUACCGGUCGCGCGCUCUUCACGGCUAUUAAGGCACGUGACUAACGGGUGCUGUUCGUGUUUACUAGCAUCCUAGCAUCCUUUUUUUAUUUUAAAUCUCACACCCUGCCUCUCCCUCUCUCGUUCGCUCUGCAGAUUCCGGGGGGGGGGGAGUGCGGGUUUGCAGGCAGUCAGUGAUUACAUAGUAUUAUUAGCAAGAUGGCGCUAUCAGGCUCAGCACCAGAACAGCUCCUUUUUCCUACACAACAUUAUAACGCUGCGAAAAUGAUUUCACUCUGAAAAAACAAAAACAUGCAUUGAAAUGUAUUUAGAAUUUUUGUAUACCUUAAAAAAAAAAAAUGGAUUGACUCAAAGCGUUUUGAAAAGAAUUGGUCAGAUCAAAUGCUGUAGGAUGUUUGGUGCAGAGACGAGGCGGUAUUACACAAAUUUAAAUAACAGCUUCAAUUUGAUUUCCUACACUGACGUCUUGCAGAAACAGAUAUACAGCUUUUUUAAAACUGCAGAUAUUACACUUCAUGACGGCCAUGUAAUCCAGACUAUAGAUGAUUAAAGUCCACUUCUCUCACAUAUGUGUUUGGUGGAAAAUGGAGGAUCGUGGCUUGUGACAGCGUCAGUGAUUUCGGGGAAAUGCAGCCUGAAAGCCUUUGCUAUAACAAUUCGUCUUUUAUUUAAAUUGCCUGUUAUUAACAUUUCUCUGUAAAAAGACUGCAUUGACAAACAAACAUCUACUUGAAGCGGAGGAUGUAUGCGACACUAUUUGUAAUGGUCAUGUCUUCAUUUUUCAACCCCAGUUUUGCAUUCAGCUCGCAUUUCGAUACUGAUGGCGCCCCCCUGAGUGAGCUCUCCUGGUCCUCCUCCCUGGCUGUCGUGGCUGUUUCCUUCUCCGGACUGUUCACCUUCAUCUUCCUCAUGUUGGCCUGCCUGUGCUGCAAGAAGGGAGACAUCGGCUUCAAGGAGUUCGAGAACACAGAGGGAGAGGAGUACCAGGCCGAAUUCUCCACCCUCACCUCUUCCACGUCCCAGACCGGACCCGAGGUUUACAUCCUGCCGCUCACUGAGGUGUCCCUUCCUGUCUCCAAGCAGCCCAGGAGAUCAGUCCAGCUCCUCAAGUCCACUGACCUGGGCCGGCACAGCCUGCUCUACCUCAAAGAGAUUGGACAUGGCUGGUUUGGGAAGGUCCUCCUGGGCGAGGUCAACGCGGGUCUCAGCACGACUCAGGUGGUGGUGAAGGAGCUGAAGGCGAGUGCCAGCGUGCAGGACCAGAUGCAGUUCCUGGAAGAGGUGCAGCCUUACAGGUCCCUUCAGCACCCCCACCUCCUGCAGUGUCUGGCACAGUGCUCAGAGGUCACUCCCUAUCUGUUGGUCAUGGAGUUCUGCCCACUGGGUGAUUUGAAAGGAUACCUGCGAAGCUGUCGGGCUGCAGACUCAAUGACCCCUGACCCCUUGACUCUCCAGCGAAUGGCAUGCGAGAUCGCCUCUGGCCUGCUGCACCUGCACAAAUACAACUUUGUCCACAGUGAUCUGGCCUUGAGGAACUGUUUGCUGACUGCAGAAGUGACCGUGAAGAUCGGAGACUAUGGGCUCUCACAUAACAAGUACAAGGAUGACUACUUUGUGACGGUGGAUCAGCUGUGGGUGCCUCUGCGCUGGAUCGCCCCGGAGCUCAUCGACGAGGUCCACGGGAAUCUGCUUGUAGUGGACCAGACCAAGCCCAGCAACAUCUGGUCCCUUGGAGUGACGAUCUGGGAGCUGUUUGAGUUGGGGAACCAGCCCUAUCGGCACUAUUCUGACAGACAGGUCCUCACCUAUGCCAUCAAGGAACAGCAGUUGAAGCUGCCCAAACCUCUGCUCAAACUGCCCCUCUCAGAACGCUGGUACGAGGUGCUACAGUUCUGCUGGCUGCAGCCGGACCAGCGGCCCACCGCAGAAGAGGUCCACCUCCUCCUGACCUAUCUGUGUGCCAAGGGUGCCAGCGAGGCGGAGGAGGACUUUGAGAAGCGCUGGAACUCCCUGCGGCCCAACAGCGGCAACAGCAGCACCCACAGUGCAAGCGCCUCUGCGGCCGAGCAGCCUCCCUCCUCCUCCUCUUCCUCCUUCCCCCUGCUGGAGCACUUCUCAGCGGGUGACGGCUUCCACUCUGAGGCGGGGGACGACAUCCUCACAGUCACAGAGACCAGCCGGGGCCUGAACUUCGAGUAUAAGUGGGAGCAAGCACGCCCCGAGCCGAACUUCCCUUCCUCCUCAAGCAGUGGGGCAUUAGGGCACUCCCAGUACCAGGAUAUCUACUACGCUCCUGGGAGCUGCAGUGGGGGGCUCACUCUGGGAGUCUCCCCUUCCUACUAUGACUCCAAGCCGUCAGGACUCCACACCCCGGGGGUAGUGCCUGUGUUGAGCGCUCACAGCCCCUCUGUCAGCAACGAAUAUUACAUCCGUAUUGAGGAGCCUAGUGAGUGCAACAUUGAUCUAGACUACACCAUGUGCUCCUACAGCCCAGAGCUUGAUGGCAGCAAUGGCAGCUAUAUAGGUGGUGGGAGCGGUUCGGGAGACUGCGACAACUGCCCUAGUGAAGCCCAGCCUAAUUCAUAUUGGUUGGAAGAGGCUCGCAAAGCCAGUGCCUAUGAUUCAGACACCAGCCCAGCUAUCUCACUCACCAUGGAGCCUCUCCUGGGCCAGGUAUCUACCGCCAGCCCGGUGGAACCCUGGGAAAGUGAACAGUACUAUUCCUACAAAGUGCAGGAGAAAGAGCAGGGUUACUACUACGAUCAAUCCUCAUUGGACGGGGCUGACCACUACCUUUUGGAGGAUUUGUCUGAGAAUCAUCGGGAGAGCUGGGGGUCUAGGAGUCUGCGUCAAGCACUUGGUGAGUUGGAGGACCCCCUUGGGGUCUCGCCAUCCCUUGGUGGGCCCCAACAGCUCUACAGAGACCCUUACAUUGAAGGAAGCAGGCCAGCCCUUAGCAAGAGGUCAGCUGGAGAGUGUUACUAUGACAUGACGGGGUCCCUUCGCAAAAGCAUGCCUGAGUCAAACACGGUAUGUGUCGACAUGGAGGAAGAGGAUUCAGGGCUCUUCAUAGGGCGCAGAGACAGUGAUCUGGAAGAGGGGGACGUGUCUGCAGAGAAAGAAGCCUUAGCUCAGGCUAACCACUGGACAUCCAACAGCUCUGCCAACAAUAACAGUCUGAGCUUCAGCAAGCGAUCCGAAAACAAUAUCCACGGCUAUGCCAAUUUUCAUUUCACAAUGCCUUCAGCAGGGUUGGAAGAAUCCUGGCGUGUCUUCAAGGCAAAGGAGAACCAAACAUACCCCGCCCCCCAAACCUUUCACUACCUGGAGGCUGCUACACUCACAGAAGGAGGUGGAAUUGCCCUGACCAAUGAACAUACACUCUUCCUGUCAAGCGAGUGCAAUAGUUAUAUAUACCCAUGCCAUGAGGAAGAGGAGAGGAUGUCCCCUCCUGAGGAGCACAACGCUUAUCAAGAGCACGGAUUUGUGGAUCCUCUUUUGGGAUCUGUGGUCAGGAGCUAUACCCUCAACGAUUAUAUCAAACAGAAACAAACUGUGGGGCUCAAAAAGGAAAAUGGAGAAAGCUCACCCUCCACAACUUUAGGGGGCACUGUGGCAAGCAAUGUGGUUCCUGAGACAGAGCUGAACCCUGAUCACGCUAGCUUGGGAAAAGGAGGAACACCUGUGGACAAAACAGAGGAGUCCAUGAAUACUGUUGUCAGCAGAAAGUCCUCUGAAAAGGAGGAAGAGCAUGAAGAGGGAUGUCUAUCAGAAGUGAAACAUCCAGCCCAGAACAGCAUCAGGUCUGUCCAAUCAGAUGGACUCACACCUGAAAUGGCUCCAAGUACCCAAUCAGAACCGGACUCAGAAACCAGUCGGACCGCGGAGAGCGGCGUGGAUAAGGGUUGCUCCAGCAUCAGCUUGGUGGAGAUUGAUGACUGCAGUGAUGAUGACAUCACAGACGUCACCUCGGGCAUCUUUACGGAUUUCCCUAUGGAUUAUGUGGGAGAUGCCGCCCCAGCUGUCAAGUCCCUGCAGAAGCAGGCGGGGACUCCGGAUUCCAUAGAGUCCCUAGAUCUGCCUUCCACCAGCAGCUUCUGCGAGGCGUUCAGCCCCAACACCUUCCACCCCUCCAGCCAGCCCAAAGCAAUGGACAGCGGCUAUGACACAGAGAAUUACGAGUCUCCUGAGUUUGUACUGAAGGAGCCUCACGAUUCACGGGACCCUGAAGGAUUUGUACAGCCCCUGGGGAAGCCUUCUCUUAGUGAAGAUCCAGGGCUAGAGGAGACAGAGACAGAGGGUGGUGCAGAGGUGUGUCUCGGACUGCCGGUUUCAACAUCUCACAGUACAGAGCUAGAGCUGGGUGGGUUGAAUGAGAAAAACCCCUACAGGGACUCUGCCUAUUUUUCAGAUUAUGAUGCAGAGAAUGAGAGGUACUCCCGGGAUGAAGGGGACACGUUUCCAGAGAAACGGGAUGAUGACAUUAUUGUCCCAGAGCCCGAAAAAGAAGGUCCCAUAGCUGAUCCGACUAGCCUGAAAGUGGAGGAAGAGGACCCACAGCAACUGGAGAACCAUGUGGAUGAGAAAGAUCAGUUGCAGAAUGAUUAUUCAGACAGACAGUUUGGUGAACAGAAGCAGAGGCAAGAUAUUGAGGAUGGUGGUGAAAUUUUAGCCACUCCAGAGGUCCCGGAAACAGAGUUUGCUACCGUUCAUUCAACUCCUUCUCCUUCAAGUCCAACUCCUCCUGAGUUAGAGGAUGAAGGUCUGGAUUUGGAGCCAGAACUCUGCAGAGAUGAGCAGUAUUCCGAAAUCUGCACCGCUUCAGUUCCCGAGGAACCAGCUCAGCCAGAGCAUCCGGGUAUCCCUGAUGAAGUGCAGGAACCUGGCAGCUUGGAGGGCCCUUUAUUUGAGGCUUCAGACUCUGCAACAGGCGGAGGAUCUUCUAAAAAUGACACUGAGACCAGCGACUGCAGAGAGGCAGGGGAUGGGGGGGAGUCUGCAGAAGACACAACAUCUACAGGUCUUCCCAAUGUGGACGAUAACCCUCAGCAACCCCACAGCAACUGCCCUGAUGUGGAAAGCCGGGGGAAAGAAGACCCAGGACUUCUGAAGUCAGGAGAGGAUUCAGAGUGCCAGAUGGGCAGAGUGUCCCCGGCUGAUGGAGAGGAGGCAGAUGAGGAGGACGGGGACUCGGAGGACAGCGAGGAGUCGGAUGAGGAGCUACGCUGCUACAACAUCCAGGAGCAGAGCGAGGAGAGUGAGGAGGAGUUCCCCGCAGUGCCCAUCGUGGUCAGCAACAGCAGUGAGGCGCGCAAUCUGCGCAGCCUCCUCAAGAUGCCCAGCCUGCUCUCCCAGUCCUUCUGUGAAGAACUCGACCGAAAGAAGAAAGCCGUCUCCUUCUUCGACGACGUCACUGUCUACCUCUUCAACCAGGAGAGCCCGACGCGGGAGCUAGCAGAUCACAGUUUCCCUCAGGGGGCGGAGUCCAGUGGGCGGAGCUCAGAGUCAGGAGAGACACGCCCCCAGGAAAGGGUCAGCACCUCGGACGACUCAUCUGACGGGAAUGUCUCUGAAGAGAGCGGAGGGUUCGAGUGGGAUGAUGACUUCCCCCUGACGCCGGUCACCUCCUCCCCCAUGUCCUCGCUGGGCCCGGCCCCCAUGGAUCCCCCCGCGGCCCCUAGCCUCUCCCCCCUGGCCCCAGAGUCGAAGCAGGGCCCCGCAGUGCAGUACUCUCGCUUCACUGUGUCCCCGUCCAGCGUCUCCCGCUUCUCAAUAACGCAUGUCUCCGACUCCGAUGUCGAGUCUGUGGGAGGGAGCAGUGAAGAUGGAGAGAGGGAGUGAGAGAGCCGGUGCAAGAGGAAGGGAGGGAGGGAGGGAGAGAUGGAGAGAGGGAGGAGAGAGUGUCCCAGGCCUGGCAGCAUUGGCCUCAUUUUGCACAGACUGGGCCUUGCAUUGGGGGGGCUCCAGCUGGGACCCCUGCCCUGAUGAAACCUGAGCUGCCAUUCCAGGACAGUGCCUCUCAACACCAGCGGAAACGGACGCUCACAGCCCCCACUGCCAUGUCGGAGGGGUGGCUGUGGAUGUACACAAUGAGAACAAAUCUAUACAAAUAUAUAUAUAUUAUAUAUAUAUGAAUAUAUAUAACUUAUAUGCAGAUUAUAACUUACAUGUUGCAGAACCUUCAAGCUCAACGUCAUUUGUAACGGAAUUGCCAUUUUGCUAAAGAACGAACAAACAAACAAAAAAAAACAGAAAAGAGGAUGGAGUACAGCAGAUUCAGCAGCUCCAGGUCCCAUUGCUUUACAGACUCAUUUAAUCGCUGCUGGAGAUUUUUACCAUGCCCGUUCUGCGUCAGGUCUGUAAUGCGCCUGGUAAUCCUUGGUACUCUGAGUUACCCUCGCCCCACUGUGAGCGCCCACAGAUAGCCUCCCGUCUCGAGGGUUUAGAAAGAGACAGAAGGGGCGGGGGGUUGUGGGACUGGAUAUAUUUCCUUACCAAAUAGUUAUUGGUGGGACGAAGUAAAGGGGGUGUCCUGGUUCCCUGAUACUUCUCUCAAAGAAUAGCGUUGAUGAACCGGGGGAAGAAAACUAGAAGCAGUAUUGGGAUUUAUUAUUGGACAUUUUAGUGCAACGGAUAGUGGUACAUUAUGAGAAAGUACUUGCCAAUGCAUUUGCCAAAAUACUUACAGAGCUUGUAUGUUUUUUUGUUUCAUUUCAGGUGUCUUGAGUUCAGGUUCAUAUCAUAUGCAUUGCUAACAGUGACUGUAUGGAAUAUGUGUUAUAUGACUAUAUCAAUUCAGGAAAAUUAACUUGCAAAUAAAAUCAGGAUUUAGGGAUUAGGGUUGUAGAAAAUAGUCCAUGGUAGAAUAUCACAAAAGCAUGAUAAAUGCAUAACAAUGAAAUUGAUCUGAAAUUGAAGUCCAAGUCUUGCAGACUCCAGUGCUAGAAACAGGACACCUCCUAUGUGGAUUGGGCAAACACACAAACACAAAAAUAAUCUUAUUUUUUUUUUUUUUUAAACAUUUUAGAAGUAUUGAAAUUCCUUAAAAGGAAUUACAUUCAAGCAUUUUUCUUAAAGGGAAAGUGUCAUCCAAAUUUUCAGCCCAACCGCCCCCUAAAUGUGACCCAUCUUGUUGUUAGAGUGCCAAGUUGGCAGCUGAAGUAUUUAUCCCACACACAGUGUUCAGUGUUUCUGAAUGCCUUUCAUCAAUUUCAUAGUCUGUAAUAGUCUCGGAGAGCAGCUCAUGCAGUCUGUACUAUUUUUGUAAGAAAGUAAAGAAAAAAAGUUUUAAAUUUAACAGAGAAAAUAUCAAAUUAUUAUUAUAGGUUAAAUGUUGCCAAAGAGAUGUAACACAUUUAUGUGGCACCCUAGUUUUAAUUUACAGCUUUUAGAUAUUUUAUUGUGUAAGGUUAUUAAAGAAAACAUAAGAAAAUGUUGUCAUCAAUGUUUAGUUUAGCUUGUUGUGUAAUGGGAACUCUCAUGUCACAUGAUGGGGGAAGCCACAUGAUCUACAACAGAGACACCUGUUACUCUUUCAUACCUGGAAGAGUUCAUUGAGUCGACUGAGGCACAGUUUCAGUGCUGGAGGUUAGUUUUUAAGACUAAAGGAUGUGAACUGAAAUUCAUACACAGGCGCAUGCAUCACGUGUAUAGUGAGGACAGUUUCCCCCUAGAUUGCCUAGAUUGCUGUCCCAUCUGUUUUAUUUAUAAAAUGUGUUGUUCAAGAAAACUGUCCUCUAUCCCACAGAUUUACAGGGUGGGGGAAAAGUCAUGCAUCAGAGAAUAAAAUAAAGCCUGUUCAGGUAAUGAGCUCAGUGGUCCAUUGAGUGAGAUCAUGAGCUACCAACAAGCAGAAUUCAUUACACCCAGAACCUUUAGGGCUGGAGCUGCUCAUCCCUGAUCUACACCCGUGAUGAUUACAAUAAAAUGUGAUUAUUUACAGUGUGAAUGGAAGCACACCGUCAGGUCUACUUUACCAGUAUUUCCGCGUGACCCGUCAUGUGACAAUGGAGUAUUUACUUAUUUAAAAAAAAUAAAUAAAAAAAUGCUAAACUUGCUGUAGGUGACAUUAUCAACUGGUCUGUACAGAAUAGAUGGCUACCUAACUUUUUAAAUGCUAGCUGCAUGAAAAGCGAGCCUUUCAAUCUCAAGUUGACUGCGUUUCAAAAACAGGUUCACUACUGCCGUCUCCUUUCCCAGUGCUUACUCCCAUACAGAGCAUGUGUCAAACAUCGUUGGUCUAAUAAAAGCAUUUUUUAAAUAUCUUAAAA